AUGAACAUUACAACAGAAAAAAACAAAUACAAAUUAAAUGACGACACAAGCAUUAUCGUAACAGUUUUAUUUGAUCGAAAUAAAGAAGAAUCAUUUACCCUUGAAAUUUGGAUUGACAAUUAUUCAUCAACUCAAGUUAAUAAAGGAAGUGGAUCUUCAACAUAUGAAUAUUCAAUCGACAUCCCAAAUGGAUUAUCAAACGGAAAUCACACAAUUUAUUCUAAGUUUUCAGAUGAUAAAACAUUUGAAUCUAAUAUAGUUUUAGUUGAAUUUGAAUAUUUAUAUCCAUUUACACUUGAAUUAUCAAUUCUUGAACGAAGCCAAUACAACAAAACUAUUGAUAAAAGUAUCAAAGUCAGUGGAAGUGGAAUUUAUUCAGAAGAUUUUUCUAUUUAUUGUAGUAUUGGAGAUAUCAAUAGUACAUUCGAAGGAAAUCCAAUUAAGAACCCAGAAACACAUACAUUUGCAUUUUCAGGUUAUUGCUUAAUUCCAGAUUCUAUUGUAAAUGAUGGUUUUUAUCCAGUUAGAGUUUGGGCAACAACAACAAAUACUCAAGAAAGUACAGAACGAAAAUCUCAAUAUUUCGACUUCUUUCGAAACUAUCCAGUUCUAAUUGUUUCGGAUACAAUGAAAGAAACAUAUUAUCACAAUGUUGACAAUCAUAUUUCAGUUUCUGGAUUUGUUUCUGAUCUUGAUUGUGAUGAUUUUGUCACUGUUAAAUCAUUUAUUGAAGGAUAUCCAAACAAUGAAACAUCAAAAUCAAUUUCUAUUCCCGAUUCAAAUAAUCAUUCAUUCAACAUCGAUAUUUCUAUUCCAAACAAUCUUUCACGCGGUAUUCAUCAUCUUAUUAUUGUAUGUUGUGACAAAACUGAUAAAUGUGUUUCAUUUACUAAAUCAUUUUCAUUUGCAUUCAAUCCUCCAUUAAUUAAAAUUAUACAAAAACCAACAUUCCCUGUUUACAUCAAUCGAUGUCAGACUCUUGAAUUCUAUCUUUCAGUUUCAGACAAAGACGGAAAAAAUUAUAUUCGAAUCUUUCAUAUUUUUAACAACACACUUGGCAACAUUGUCAACACCAGUCUUAAUGAUGAUUCUCCUCAUGAAAUUCGAUAUUCCAUUCCUAUUCCAAACGACAUCAAUGUUGGAAGUUGUCUUCUUAAAUUUUAUGGAGUUGAUGAAUAUAGUCUUGCUUCUAAAUAUGAACUUAUAAAUGUAACAUUUGAAAACUAUACACAAAAUGAAAUGGAAAGAAAACGAGAAAAACUAAAUAAAAGACAAAACAAAUUUCCUCCAAUAUUUACAAUUCUUACGAGAAAUUUGUUUUAA